AUGGGUGGUGAUGUCGAGAAGCUAGUCAAUGACUAUGGCAUCCAGUUUAUCCAUAGCAUGCCUUAUUACGCUCAAUCCAAUGGUCAAGCGGAGGCCAGUAACAAAAUCAUCAUUACUUUGUUAAAAAAGAUGCUUGUAGAGAACCCUCGCAUGUGGCACGAAACAUUGGAAGUGAAUGUUCAGUCCUUGCGUGUCCAAGAUCAGCAUCACUUGAUUGGUGAAGAUUAUGUCCAGGCUAUGUGGCGGGAGCAUGAAGACCUUAGUGACAAGCGCUUAGAGGCUUUGGACAACUUAGUGAUGGAAAAGCAACGCAUCGCUCGUGCCUACGAUAAGCGGACACGCGGCCCCAGUUACAAAGCAGGUGAACUGGUUUGGAAGGCGAUUUUUCCAUUGGGUGAGAAGUUGACUGGCCGCGGUAAAUGGACUCCGCGUUGGGAAGGACCCUUUGUCGUUCACAGAAUUUUGGAGCGCAGGGAGUUUCACCUGAAAGACUUGGACGGCGACCUCCACCGCAACCCCAUCAAUGACAGGUUCUUGAAGAAAUAUUACCCCAGUGUUUGGGAAUUCGAAGAUCCACCAGCUCCGCCUGUUUCUGGGACUGAGGGGCAACCAUAG